AUGACUCGCACGAUCGCACGCGCGCGCAGCCACGCAUACGCAGUAGCGCACGCAGGUGCACGUGCGCCAGCAGUACGAAUGGCAGCCGCGCGCUGCAGCUGCCGUCCGCACGCACGCUCGCCAUGCGCGCACGCUCGCCACGCGCGCACAGCAGGGUCAGCACACGCAGCAGCAGCCGCACGCGCUGCAGCAGCCGCGAGCACGCACGCCACUGCACGCGUGCGAGCAGCAACCUCCCGCGCACGCAGCAGCCAUUGCACGCACGACUUCAGCAGCUGCUGCACACUCCUCUGCAGCCACUCGCACGCACGCCCUGCAGCAGCCGCAGCCACGCACGUUCAGAGGCAGCAGCAAGCGCAGCACCUGCCUCCGCAUUUGCAGCGAGCGCAGCAGCUGCAGCCCGUGCUACAGAAUCCGCUCCUAAGCACUCCUAUCCGCCCCUACAAGCUCCUCACCACUCCUAUCCGCCCCUACCAACUCCUCACCACUCCUAUCCGCCUCUACCCGCCCCUCACCGCUCCUCACCGCUCCUAA